AUGUGUUACCUAUCAUCUGACAAUACGACCAUUGAACCUGAUGAUAUUCCUAAGACAAAGGAGAAUGUUUGGAUUUUGGGAAAGAAGUACAGCGCAAUUCAAGACUUGGAUCGAAUUAGACGAGACGUAAGCUCUAUUAUUUGGUGUACAUACAGAAAAGGCUUUGUUCCUAUUGGAGAUGAAGGUUUAACCUCUGAUAAAGGCUGGGGAUGCAUGUUGCGUUGUGGGCAGAUGGUGUUGGGUGUAGCACUUACCAGAAUCCACUUGUCUACAGACUGGGUUUGGAGUCCAGAAACUAGGGACCCUACAUAUCUGAAAAUAAUUCAAAGAUUUGAAGAGAGAAAACAGGCACCAUACUCCAUUCAUCAAGUUGCAUUAAUGGGAGCUUCUGAAGGCAAGGAAGUAGGACAAUGGUUUGGACCAAAUACUAUAGCACAAGUUUUAAAGAAAUUAGUUGUUUAUGAUAAAUGGAGUUCUUUGGUGAUUCAUGUGGCUCUAGAUAAUACUGUAGUAAAGGAAGAUAUACUUCAACAGUGUAUCAUAAAAAAUGAACUAAAUAACUCUUCAAACAUGGUAGAUGGAAUAACUGUGUCAGAUUGGAUGCCACUUUUAUUAAUAGUACCUCUUAGAUUAGGACUAAGUGAAAUAAAUCCAGUUUAUAUGAACGGACUAAAGAUUUGUUUUCAAUCUUCACAAUCUAUUGGUGUGAUUGGUGGUAAACCUAAUCAAGCUUUAUAUCUUGUUGGUUGUGUUGGUGAUGAAGUUAUAUAUUUGGAUCCGCAUACUACACAGAGAUCAGGAUUAGUUGAAAACAAAUCAACAGAUGAGCAAAAGGAAAUGGACUGUUCAUAUCAUUGUAAAUAUGCUUCUCGAAUACCAAUACUUGCAAUGGAUCCAUCAGUAGCUGUUUGUUUUCUUUGUCGUACAAAAAGUGAUUUUGAAGAAUUGUGUUCUACUAUAGAAAAUAAUCUAAUGCAGGAAAGUCAACCUCUAUUUGAAAUAUGUGAGAAGCGACCAUCUCAUUGGGGUCCAUGUUCUGUUGAUAUCGAUCUUAACAAAACUGCUUUAUUUGCCGAAUUUGAAGACGUCGAUAGGCAAUUCGAUGAUUCAGAUGACGAAUUUGAGAUUCUA